AUAAAUAAAUAAAAUUCGUAAUCUUGACUCUAAUAAAAAAAUCACGAUAUAUUUUAAAUCGUGUAUAAAACCUAUUGAUGAUGUGUUACUCGAGUGAUAAUGCCUCUGCUCAUGACUGAAUAAAUGUAUUAUUUAUUUAGUCAUAUGCCUACUUCUAAGCAUCUAUGGUUUACCGCACGAAUAAAAAACAAAACUUAUCUAUGGCAUAAUCUAAUUGGUCAUUUAACGUUUUACGUGUAACUUAUUUGACUUUGACUUUACGACUAUCAAAUUUUUUCUUCAGUCUGCGGUAGUUUCAUUAAAUUGUUAUUAUUUUAAAUUUAAAAAUUUAUUUUUAUUUUUUAGUUAAAAGAAAAUUUUGCAACCAUGCUUGAAGUUUUUGAGUUGCAAUGUUUCAUUCAAAAUUACUUGUGGGGGAAAAAAGGUUUUGCGAGUGAAGUUAGCCGCCUGAGUUUAGCUGGCCAACAUAUAGAUUCUAUAGAUGAAAAACAGUUCUAUGCUGAAUUAUGGAUGGGCGCUCUUCAUAAAAGUCCUUCGUUGGUAAAAAGUUCUGGGCAGAAAUUGAGUGAAUGGAUUAAAAGCAACAAUGAAGCGUUGGGCGAAAAGUCUAGAUUGAAAUUUGGUGAUGAAUUGCCAUUUCUAAUGAAAGUGUUAUCCAUAAACUCGGCCCUUUCCAUCCAAGUGCAUCCAUCUAAGGAUUAUGCUGAAGAACUACAUAAGCAAUAUCCUGAACUAUAUCAAGAUUCUAAUCAUAAACCAGAAAUGGCUAUUGCACUUAGUAACUUUGAAGGACUUUGUGGUUUCCGUCCAUAUUCUGAAAUUAGAUUUUUUUUAGAAGAAAUACCGGAAUUUAAAUUAAUUGUUGGAUGUGACCUUAUUGAUCAAUUUAAAAAAGAUACUACCAAUUCACAACAUUUGCUUAAGGACAUAUUUUAUAAGUUAAUGACAUCUGAAAAAGGAAUUAUUAGCCAAAACCUCAGCAGCCAUAAAAAAAAGCUACAAUCGCUUUGUGAUGAUAAAAAAAGUGUAUUCUUAGCAAAACUAUUUAAUCAACUCGAUUGUUGGUUUCCAAACGAUGUCGGAUGUUUCUGCAUAUAUUUCUUAAAUUAUAUUCAACUCUCACCAGGUCAAGCAAUAUAUUUAGGAGCUAAUGAACCUCAUGCUUAUAUCUAUGGUGAUUGCAUCGAAUGUAUGGCUUGUUCUGAUAAUGUGGUAAGAGCUGGGUUGACUCCGAAAUAUAUUGAUGUAAAGACACUAUGUAGGGUACUAAAUUUUAAUGGGGCACCUGCUGAAUCCAAGUUGUUUUGUGGAGUUAAAGAAGACUCUUAUACAACACUUUUUAGACCUCCUGUUCCUGAUUUUGCAGUGGCUUGCAUUAAAGUUCCCGCAGAUGAAAUUUAUGAAUUGUUGAAAAGGGAUGUUGCUUCUAUAAUUAUUGUUGUCCGUGGUCAAGGCAAAAUAACUGCACCGCAAGAUUUGGUAUUAUCAACAGGAAAAGUGUUCAUGGUACCAGCUAAUGUCAUACUUCAAAUACAUGUAGGAUUUGAGUCUUUAGAAUUAUAUCAAGCAUUUGUAAAUUUAUAAAUAAGACAGGUAGAACAAUUAUUUGCUCUGCACAAUUUGUCUUAGACAUUCUUACUAAAAUAUACUAAAUUGUUGUCAAAUA